AUGAAGGUGACAGCAUUGUUCUUGUGUGGUUUGGCUCUGGCCACCGCCAGCCCCUCCUGGGAGCACUUCAAGGCUCAGCAUGGUCGCAAGUAUGUUGAUGCCGAGGAGGAGCUCUUCCGCCAGAGGGUGUUCCAGAAGAACGAGCAGUUCAUCGAAGACUUCAACAAAAAGUUUGAGAGAGGCGAGGUCACCUUCAACGUGGCCAUGAACCAGUUUGGUGACAUGACCAAUGAGGAGUUCAAUGCUGUGAUGAAGGGAUACAAGAUGGGGUCUCGUGAUGAACCCAAGGCCGUGUUCACCGCUAAGGAAGGCCUCCCAAUGGCGGCUGAUGUUGACUGGCGCACCAAGGGUGCCGUCACCCCUGUCAAGGACCAGGGACAAUGUGGCUCUUGCUGGGCUUUCUCUACAACCGGCUCCCUGGAGGGUCAGCACUUCCUCAAGUAUGGGGAGCUGGUGAGUCUCUCUGAGCAGCAACUCGUCGACUGCGCUGGAGGAAUUUACUUUAACCAGGGAUGUAAUGGUGGAUGGGUAGAUAGAGCCUUCAACUACAUCAGGGACAACGGUGGCGUCGACACUGAGGCUUCAUACCCUUACGAGGCAAAGGACAAGACCUGUCGCUUCAAUGCAAACAGCAUUGGUGCCACGCUCGUAUCUCAUGUGGACAUUGCACAAGGAAGUGAAACUGGCCUGCAGCAGGCCUUAUCAAGCGUGGGUCCCAUUUCUGUGGCCAUUGAUGCUUCUCACUUUUCCUUCCAGUUCUACCAUGACGGCGUCUACUACGAGCCUAACUGCUCAUCAACCAACCUGGACCACGCUGUGCUUGCUGUGGGAUACGGCUCAGAGGGCAGCCAGGACUACUGGCUCGUUAAGAACUCCUGGGCCUCCACCUGGGGCUUACAGGGAUACAUUAAGAUGGCUCGCAACAGAAGCAACCACUGCGGUGUUGCUUCCGCUGCCUCUUACCCGACCGUCUAGAGCUGACUGCAUAUUAUCAGACCAGCACACAAUGGCAAAUGGUGCCCGUUGGUGCUACUCCCAGGCAUGAGAGACCUACCAUAAACUCUGGGACAUGAACACCUUCACACAUGGAGGUGUGUUGAUGUAAAUAUGGAGGAGCAAUAAAGAGCAUAGUAUAUACAGAA